AUGAUGAGACAGGCAACCAUGGAUUUCAGCACUCCAUCUGUAUUUGAUCAACAGAAAGGUGAUUCAUCUGAAGAAGUUGACCUGACCAUGGUUUAUCAGGCAGCAUCGAACGGAGAUGUCAGUGCUCUGACUGCUGUGAUUCGGGAAGACCCUUCCAUCCUAGAAUGCUGUGACAGUGAAGGAUGCACACCCUUAAUGCAUGCGGUUUCUGGACGUCAAGUGGACACAGUGAAGCUGCUGUUGAAGAUGGGAGCCAAUAUUAACACGCAGGACGCUUAUGGCCGCACGAGUCUCUGUCUGGCAACCUAUCUGGGAUGGCUGGAAGGCUGUGUGAGUCUACUCAGAAAUGGUGCCAAGCACAAUAUCCCAGAUAAAAAUGGCCGUCUGCCACUGCACGCUGCCACCGCUGAGCCCGAUGUGAGGCUCCUUACAGUCCUGGUGCAACAGUCAAACCUCAACGAGAUUAAUCACCAGGACAAUGAGGGGAUGACAGCACUCCACUGGGCAGCUUUCCACAACCGGCCUCAACACACCCAAAUGCUGCUGAAGAAGGGGGCAGACCCCACCCUUGUGGACAAAGACUUCAAAACAGCUCUCCACUGGGCAGUCCAGAGUGGAAAUAGAAUUCUGUGUUCCAUCAUUCUGAGCCAUCACCAGGGUCCGUCCAUAAUCAACUACGACGAUGAGAGUGGCAAGACAUGCGUGCACAUCGCCGCAGCAGCAGGUUUCUGUGACAUCAUCAACGAGCUGGCAAGGGUCCCUGAGUGCAACCUGCAGGCUCUGGAUGUGGACGACAGGACGCCUCUGCACUGGGCUGCAGCUGCAGGGAAAGCAGACUGUGUGCAGUCACUGCUGGAGCUGGGUAUGGACGGCAACCUGCGAGACAUCAAUGAGAGCACGCCCCUGGCCUACGCCCUGCACUGCGGCCACACGGACUGUGUCAAGCUCCUCUCCCAAGAGGGCAGAACAGAGCCUCCUAGACCCCUUCCUGCCCAGAACAGUAGACCCCAGAAGAAGGAGGGACGGUUCAGCAUGCUCAAUCAAAUCUUCUGCAAGAACAAAAAGGAAGAGCAGAGGGCCUAUCAGAAGGACCCCAGCAGGGACUGGCACAGAGGGGAGCACACCUCGGAAGUCGAUGACAUCAUCACCACCUUCGACAGCAACGUGGAUACCAACUGCCAAGAGCAGCCUGGUGAGCAGGUGGCUAUGGUUGACUUUAAGAAGAGGACCUCAGAAAACUCAAAAUAUCACUUGCCAGAAAAGAAGCCUCUGGCCCGUAAAGGGCUUCCACCAAUCAGAACACAGAGCCUCCCACCCAUCACCCUGGGCCAUAACUUCCUGACAGCCUCCCAGGGGGCCACUUCCCAUCCUGGCCUGAGCUCUGGUACUCAUCAUGCGGCCCAGCGAUCUCAGAAAAGCCGAAGUGAGCAAGAUUUGUUGAAUAACAGAACUGGCUGCCAGGCAUUGCUAGAUAACCCUUGGAAAGGUGAUUCUCACCCGGUGUUCUAUAAAGCCUGGACUAGGUCUUCAUCUGACAAGCUGCUAGACAGGUUGCUCACCAGCAGAUCUGGCCACCAGGAAGUAUCAGGGCCCCCACAUCUUCCUCAUCUACAUAAUCCUUCAUCAGGACAAAAUUUUCAGCACCUCUCCCCAAACAGACCCAAAAUCAGGGAUCUUCCUUUCACUCGGAACAACCUAGCUCCCCUACCAGACCAAAAAUUUCUGUCUGGAGAACCUCUACGGACCAACCGAGUGCUUCCUGCUAUUCCAAGCCAGCGGGGACACAGUCCACCAGCUGAAGAGAGUGAAAACUCUGCCAGUUCCACCAAUGAUGAAAAGUAG